AUGUUUGUUUGUUUGUUUUUUUUUUUGUACCAUCUCAUAGAUAUAGAGCCAAGCAGCUGCGCUGAAUUGCUUCGACACGGUUGGAAUUCCAGUGGCGUAUACACCAUCAAUCCAGAUGGCGGAAAACCAGUGCAAGUGUUGUGUGACAUGAUUACGGAUGGUGGAGGUUGGACUGUUUUUCAGAGACGUUUAGACGGCUCUGUAGAUUUUUUUCUAGGAUGGGAAUCUUACAAAUACGGCUUUGGAAAUCUUAAUGGCGAGUUCUGGCUCGGAAACGAUAAUCUUCAUCAUUUGACAGACUCUGAUGACGUAAUGCUGAGAGUUGACCUGGAAGACUUUGAAGGGAACAUCGCCUACGCUGAGUACACUACUUUCAAGGUGGCAGACGAGGCUGAUAAGUACAGGCUUUUGAUUGGAGGAUACUCUGGCACGGCUGGUGACUCCAUGCUCGGGCAUGACUCCAUGCGCGUGUCUCUAAGGUAAAUGAAAUCUGAACGAGCCUUAGAGUGAUAUGAGCUGAGCCAGUCAAUUCUUUGAACUUCUCUUACGGCUACGCAUCAUUAGGUGAGAUCGUGAUGUUUUUCGAUCAACCAGUGUUCGGCGGUAAAGCCAAGAGGCACUUACUGGUUUUCUAUCAUAAAUUUAAGUGACAUAUCUGCUGCUAUCCAGACCUUUUCUAUCAUAACAGUUGACGCAACAAUUUUUUAUCGAAACAAAAAAAGGGAAAUCAAUCGGUCAGCAGUAAAUAUUCUGGGCGAUGUAAUAUUCUGAUUUUGAAACCUCUUUAUGUUCUGAGGUGAGAAAAAACAAUAAAUGACAAUAGGGAAAAACUUGACUUUUAAGAGAUUUUAAUUUAGGACGAUUUUUCUUCUUUUCUCAAUUAUAACCAAACCUUUUCCUAUAUUCCUUUUUUUAAAUAACUCGACGGAGAUUACAAGGAGGGGGUAGUGCUGCUCGGAAUAGUACCGUUUAUUUUGUGACAAAGUGUGACUCAUACGGUUAAUGUCUGUGAUCUUUUUCUUACUCUCGCUUAUGCUUCUAGUGUGAUACAGUUUUGGACCAAAGAUAGUAAAAACGACAAAAGGUCCGAUAUGCAAUGUGCUUCGAAGUUCAAAGGUGCCUGGUGGUACAAUAUUUGCCAUGAUUCGAAUCUUAGCGGCAUCUACUAUGGUUGUUUUUCUCUCUCCAGAUGUUAAAUGGUGUCUGGUUGCAACACCUAUAAUCAUGAGAGAAACUCCAUUUUCAACCAAAUAGCAACAAUAUUAACGCGUUCUGCAUUAAAAUUAAAAUUAAAAUAUUCACGAUGGAAAAAGUCACCAUGAAACUGUUUUAGCGAAUGAUAGAACUUUUGACCGGAUUGAACGAAUAAGUUUUUUUGAAAAUAUAAAUCAAAAGUUGACAAUUUAAGGUGGCUCCCGCGAGUAUUCAUGAAUAAACUAGGGCGAAAGCUACAAAAGGAAACCUAUCAAACUUAAUCAUAUCAAAGUUUCCCAUAAAAAAAACUAACCAGUUUGGCUAACGAUAUAUAUAAUCAGUAUUCCAAUUGAUGGCCUAAAUAGCUCAAUAUCUUUACUUUUCCCCAAUAAAAUGUUUUCAUUUUUUGCCACAUUAUAGUAAGUAUAUUGCCUGAUUUUUUGCAACUGCAAAAGCUCUAAGUAAUUUCAACGGUUUUGCCAAAAAUAUCUUAUUUUCAAUUUAUCUAAAUAUGUACAAAUACUUGAUAUGAACUGUAAUUAUGGAAAACUCUAUCGUUUUAUACUGUUUAUAGACCGUUUUAGAUAACAAUCAUGCGAUCGUAUCGUGCCGCAUUUUUUUCCUGUUUGACGUCUUUAAAGCUCGUGUUAUGUUCGCGUCCAGAUCUCGUGCGAUCAAAUUAAAAACACUUUUCAACCCCCUUAAGCUGAUUUUAAAAAUGCAAUAUACUGAAAAACAAAGAAGACUUUCUUGAGCCUCAAAGAAACUAUCCUGAUCAACUUUUAAUUGUAAACAAUACUUGUUGGCAAUACUUGAAAGCUGAUGUCUGGUAACAGCAAUCAAACCAGCCCCUUAAAAAUGCUGAUAACUCAGACAAGAGGUUGAAUUAUCUGGUCCGCGUCGCGUAAAAAAGGUGCAUUCUCCUAAUUAUAGGUCGCUGGCUGUGAAAAAAAAAAAUUAAGUUGAAUACAAAACUUAAAUCGCCAAAACACUUAAUCUUACUUUGUCAGUCUGCCUGUGUCCCCGGGUGUUUAUCUCUACUGACUUUAUGCAAUUUAUUAAAGUAAUUUGUAUACUUAGACUAAGUUUCUUAUUAACAGUAACCAUCUUCCACAUGUUUAGACAUGAUACAAACAAGCUUACAUGAAAUUUCAUUUUAUUUCAGCCAAAUGCAGUUUUCUACAAAAGACCAGGACAAUGAUCAUGGUAAUCACACGUCUAACUGCGCCGAACGCUACAAGGGAGCCUGGUGGUACAACGACUGCCAUAGGUCCAAUCUGAACGGAUUGUACCUCCAUGGCCCUGGAGCCCCUUUUGGUAUAGGUGUCAACUGGUACGCUUUCCGGGGCUAUCACUACUCACUAAAACGCACUGAGAUGAAAGUAAAAACGAAGGCAUAA